GUUCGGCACGUGCGGUUCGGCACGUGCGGUUCGGCACGUGCGGUUCGGCACGUGCGGUUCGGCACGUGCGGUUCGGCACGUGCGGUUCGGCACGUGCGGUUCGGCACGUGCGGUUUGGCACGUGCGGUUCGGCACGUGCGGUUCGGCACGUGCGGUUGGGCACGUGCGGUUCGGCACGUGCGGUUCGGCACGUGCGGUUCGGCACGUGCGGUUUGGCACGUGCGGUUUGGCACGUGCGGUUUGGCACGUGCGGUUCGGCACGUGCGGUUCGGCACGUUCGGUUCGGCACGUGCGGUUCGGCACGUGCGGUUUGGCACGUGCGGUUUGGCACGUGCGGUUUGGCACGUGCGGUUCGGCACGUGCGGUUCGGCACGUGCGGUUCGGCACGUGCGGUUCGGCACGUGCGGUUCGGCACGUGCGGUUCGGCACGUGCGGUUUGGCACGUGCGGUUUGGCACGUGCGGUUUGGCACGUGCGGUUUGGCACGUGCGGUUUGGCACGUGCGGUUUGGCACGUGCGGUUUGGCACGUGCGGUUCGGCACGUGCGGUUCGGCACGUGCGGUUCGGCACGUGCGGUUCGGCACGUGCGGUUCGGCACGUGCGGUCGGCACGUGCGGUUUGGCACGUGCGGUUUGGCACGUGCGGUUUGGCACGUGCGGUUUGGCACGUGCGGUUCGGCACGUGCGGUUCGGCACGUGCGGUUCGGCACGUGCGGUUCGGCACGUGCGGUUUGGCACGUGCGGUUUGGCACGUGCGGUUCGGCACGUGCGGUUCGGCACGUGCGGUUCGGCACGUGCGGUUCGGCACGUGCGGUUCGGCACGUGCGGUUCGGCACGUGCGGUUCGGCACGUGCGGUUCGGCACGUGCGGUUCGGCACGUGCGGUUCGGCACGUGCGGUUCGGCACGUGCGGUUCGGCACGUGCGGUUCGGCACGUGCGGUUCGGCACGUGCGGUUCGGCACGUGCGGUUCGGCACGUGCGGUUCGGCACGUGCGGUUCGGCACGUGCGGUUUGGCACGUGCGGUUUGGCACGUGCGGUUUGGCACGUGCGGUUUGGCACGUGCGGUUUGGCACGUGCGGUUUGGCACGUGCGGUUCGGCACGUGCGGUUCGGCACGUGCGGUUCGGCACGUGCGGUUCGGCACGUGCGGUUCGGCACGUGCGGUUCGGCACGUGCGGUUCGGCACGUGCGGUUUGGCACGUGCGGUUUGGCACGUGCGGUUCGGCACGUUCGGUUCGGCACGUGCGGUUCGGCACGUGCGGUUCGGCACGUGCGGUUCGGCACGUGCGGUUCGGCACGUGCGGUUCGGCACGUGCGGUUUGGCACGUGCGGUUUGGCACGUGCGGUUUGGCACGUGCGGUUUGGCACGUGCGGUUUGGCACGCGCGGUUUGGCACGCGCGGUUCGGCACGUGCGGUUCGGCACGUGCGGUUCGGCACGUGCGGUUGGCACGUGCGGUUGGCACGUGCGGUUCGGCACGUGCGGUUCGGCACGUGCGGUUCGGCACGUGCGGUUCGGCACGUGCGGUUCGGCACGUGCGGAUCGGCACGUGCGGUUCGGCACGUGCGGUUCGGCACGUGCGGUUCGGCACGUGCGGUUCGGCACGUGCGGUUCGGCACGUGCGGUUCGGCACGUGCGGUUCGGCACGUGCGGUUUGGCACGUGCGGUUUGGCACGUGCGGUUUGGCACGUGCGGUUCGGCACGUGCGGUUCGGCACGUGCGGUUUGGCACGUGCGGUUUGGCACGUGCGGUUCGGCACGUGCGGUUCGGCACGUGCGGUUCGGCACGUGCGGUUCGGCACGUGCGGUUCGGCACGUGCGGUUCGGCACGUGCGGUUUGGCACGUGCGGUUUGGCACGUGCGGUUCGGCACGUGCGGUUCGGCACGUGCGGUUCGGCACGUGCGGUUCGGCACGUGCGGUUCGGCACGUGCGGUUUGGCACGUGCGGUUUGGCACGUGCGGUUCGGCACGUGCGGUUCGGCACGUGCGGUUCGGCACGUGCGGUUCGGCACGUGCGGUUCGGCACGUGCGGUUCGGCACGUGCGGUUCGGCACGUGCGGUUCGGCACGUGCGGUUCGGCACGUGCCGUGCGGUUCGGCACGUGCGGUUCGGCACGUGCGGUUUGGCACGUGCGGUUUGGCACGUGCGGUUUGGCACGUGCGGUUUGGCACGUGCGGUUUGGCACGUGCGGUUUGGCACGUGCGGUUUGGCACGUGCGGUUUGGCACGUGCGGUUCGGCACGUGCGGUUCGGCACGUGCGGUUCGGCACGUGCGGUUCGGCACGUGCGGUUCGGCACGUGCGGUUCGGCACGUGCGGUUCGGCACGUGCGGUUCGGCACGUGCGGUUCGGCACGUGCGGUUCGGCACGUGCGGUUCGGCACGUGCGGUUCGGCACGUGCGGUUCGGCACGUGCGGUUCGGCACGUGCGGUUCGGCACGUGCGGUUCGGCACGUGCGGUUCGGCACGUGCGGUUCGGCACGUGCGGUUCGGCACGUGCGGUUUGGCACGUGCGGUUUGGCACGCGCGGUUCGGCACGCGCGGUUCGGCACGCGCGGUUCGGCACGUGCGGUUCGGCACGUGCGGUUCGGCACGUGCGGUUCGGCACGUGCGGUUCGGCACGUGCGGUUCGGCACGUGCGGUUCGGCACGUGCGGUUCGGCACGUGCGGUUCGGCACGUGCGGUUCGGCACGUGCGGAUCGGCACGUGCGGUUCGGCACGUGCGGUUCGGCACGUGCGGUUCGGCACGUGCGGUUCGGCACGUGCGGUUCGGCACGUGCGGUUCGGCACGUGCGGUUCGGCACGUGCGGUUCGGCACGUGCGGUUCGGCACGUGCGGUUCGGCACGUGCGGUUCGGCACGUGCGGUUCGGCACGUGCGGUUCGGCACGUGCGGUUCGGCACGUGCGGUUCGGCACGUGCGGUUCGGCACGUGCGGUUUGGCACGUGCGGUUUGGCACGUGCGGUUUGGCACGUGCGGUUCGGCACGUGCGGUUCGGCACGUGCGGUUCGGCACGUGCGGUUCGGCACGUGCGGUUCGGCACGUGCGGUUCGGCACGUGCGGUUCGGCACGUGCGGUUCGGCACGUGCGGUUCGGCACGUGCGGUUCGGCACGUGCGGUUCGGCACGUGCGGUUCGGCACGUGCGGUUCGGCACGUGCGGUUCGGCACGUGCGGUUUGGCACGUGCGGUUUGGCACGUGCGGUUCGGCACGUGCGGUUCGGCACGUGCGGUUUGGCACGUGCGGUUUGGCACGUGCGGUUUGGCACGUGCGGUUCGGCACGUGCGGUUCGGCACGUGCGGUUCGGCACGUGCGGUUCGGCACGUGCGGUUCGGCACGUGCGGUUCGGCACGUGCGGUUCGGCACGUGCGGUUCGGCACGUGCGGUUCGGCACGUGCGGUUCGGCACGUGCGGUUCGGCACGUGCGGUUCGGCACGUGCGGUUCGGCACGUGCGGUUCGGCACGUGCGGUUCGGCACGUGCGGUUUGGCACGUGCGGUUUGGCACGUGCGGUUUGGCACGUGCGGUUCGGCACGUGCGGUUCGGCACGUGCGGUUCGGCACGUUCGGUUCGGCACGUUCGGUUCGGCACGUGCGGUUUGGCACGUGCGGUUUGGCACGUGCGGUUUGGCACGUGCGGUUUGGCACGUGCGGUUUGGCACGUGCGGUUUGGCACGUGCGGUUCGGCACGUGCGGUUCGGCACGUGCGGUUCGGCACGUGCGGUUCGGCACGUGCGGUUCGGCACGUGCGGUUCGGCACGUGCGGUUCGGCACGUGCGGUUCGGCACGUGCGGUUUGGCACGUGCGGUUUGGCACGUGCGGUUUGGCACGUGCGGUUUGGCACGUGCGGUUUGGCACGUGCGGUUUGGCACGUGCGGUUCGGCACGUGCGGUUCGGCACGUGCGGUUCGGCACGUGCGGUUCGGCACGUGCGGUUCGGCACGUGCGGUUCGGCACGUGCGGUUCGGCACGUGCGGUUCGGCACGUGCGGUUCGGCACGUGCGGUUCGGCACGUGCGGUUCGGCACGUGCGGUUCGGCACGUGCGGUUCGGCACGUGCGGUUCGGCACGUGCGGUUCGGCACGUGCGGUUCGGCACGUGCGGUUUGGCACGUGCGGUUUGGCACGUGCGGUUUGGCACGUGCGGUUUGGCACGUGCGGUUUGGCACGUGCGGUUUGGCACGUGCGGUUUGGCACGUGCGGUUCGGCACGUGCGGUUCGGCACGUGCGGUUCGGCACGUGCGGUUCGGCACGUGCGGUUCGGCACGUGCGGUUUGGCACGUGCGGUUUGGCACGUGCGGUUUGGCACGUGCGGUUCGGCACGUGCGGUUCGGCACGUGCGGUUUCGGCACGUGCGGUUUGGCACGUGCGGUUUGGCACGUGCGGUUGGCACGUGCGGUUCGGCACGUGCGGUUCGGCACGUGCGGUUCGGCACGUGCGGUUCGGCACGUGCGGUUCGGCACGUGCGGUUCGGCACGUGCGGUUCGGCACGUGCGGUUCGGCACGUGCGGUUUGGCACGUGCGGUUUGGCACGUGCGGUUCGGCACGUGCGGUUCGGCACGUGCGGUUCGGCACGUGCGGUUUGGCACGUGCGGUUUGGCACGUGCGGUUUGGCACGUGCGGUUCGGCACGUGCGGUUCGGCACGUGCGGUUCGGCACGUGCGGUUCGGCACGUGCGGUUCGGCACGUGCGGUUCGGCACGUGCGGUUCGGCACGUGCGGUUUGGCACGUGCGGUUUGGCACGUGCGGUUUGGCACGUGCGGUUUGGCACGUGCGGUUUGGCACGUGCGGUUUGGCACGUGCGGUUUGGCACGUGCGGUUCGGCACGUGCGGUUCGGCACGUGCGGUUCGGCACGUGCGGUUCGGCACGUGCGGUUCGGCACGUGCGGUUCGGCACGUGCGGUUCGGCACGUGCGGUUCGGCACGUGCGGUUCGGCACGUGCGGUUCGGCACGUGCGGUUCGGCACGUGCGGUUCGGCACGUGCGGUUUGGCACGUGCGGUUUGGCACGUGCGGUUUGGCACGUGCGGUUUGGCACGUGCGGUUUGGCACGUGCGGUUUGGCACGUGCGGUUCGGCACGUGCGGUUCGGCACGUGCGGUUCGGCACGUGCGGUUCGGCACGUGCGGUUCGGCACGUGCGGUUCGGCACGUGCGGUUCGGCACGUGCGGUUCGGCACGUGCGGUUCGGCACGUGCGGUUCGGCACGUGCGGUUCGGCACGUGCGGUUCGGCACGUGCGGUUUGGCACGUGCGGUUUGGCACGUGCGGUUUGGCACGUGCGGUUCGGCACGUGCGGUUCGGCACGUGCGGUUCGGCACGUGCGGUUCGGCACGUGCGGUUCGGCACGUGCGGUUCGGCACGUGCGGUUCGGCACGUGCGGUUUGGCACGUGCGGUUUGGCACGUGCGGUUCGGCACGUGCGGUUCGGCACGUGCGGUUCGGCACGUGCGGUUCGGCACGUGCGGUCCGGCACGUGCGGUUCGGCACGUGCGGUUCGGUUCGGCACGUGCGGUUCGGCACGUGCGGUUCGGCACGUGCGGUUCGGCACGUGCGGUUCGGCACGUGCGGUUCGGCACGUGCGGUUCGGCACGUGCGGUUUGGCACGUGCGGUUUGGCACGUGCGGUUUGGCACGUGCGGUUUGGCACGUGCGGUUCGGCACGUGCGGUUCGGCACGUGCGGUUCGGCACGUGCGGUUCGGCACGUGCGGUUCGGCACGUGCGGUUCGGCACGUGCGGUUCGGCACGUGCGGUUCGGCACGUGCGGUUCGGCACGUGCGGUUCGGCACGUGCGGUUCGGCACGUGCGGUUCGGCACGUGCGGUUCGGCACGUGCGGUUCGGCACGUGCGGUUCGGCACGUGCGGUUUGGCACGUGCGGUUCGGCACGUGCGGUUCGGCACGUGCGGUUCGGCACGUGCGGUUCGGCACGUGCGGUUCGGCACGUGCGGUUCGGCACGUGCGGUUCGGCACGUGCGGUUCGGCACGUGCGGUUCGGCACGUGCGGUUCGGCACGUGCGGUUCGGCACGUGCGGUUCGGCACGUGCGGUUCGGCACGUGCGGUUCGGCACGUGCGGUUCGGCACGUGCGGUUCGGCACGUGCGGUUCGGCACGUGCGGUUCGGCACGUGCGGUUCGGCACGUGCGGUUCGGCACGUGCGGUUCGGCACGUGCGGUUCGGCACGUGCGGUUCGGCACGUGCGGUUCGGCACGUGCGGUUCGGCACGUGCGGUUCGGCACGUGCGGUUCGGCACGUGCGGUUCGGCACGUGCGGUUCGGCACGUGCGGUUCGGCACGUGCGGUUCGGCACGUGCGGUUCGGCACGUGCGGUUUCGGCACGUGCGGUUUGGCACGUGCGGUUUGGCACGUGCGGUUUGGCACGUGCGGUUUGGCACGUGCGGUUCGGCACGUGCGGUUCGGCACGUGCGGUUCGGCACGUGCGGUUCGGCACGUGCGGUUCGGCACGUGCGGUUCGGCACGUGCGGUUCGGCACGUGCGGUUCGGCACGUGCGGUUCGGCACGUGCGGUUCGGCACGUGCGGUUCGGCACGUGCGGUUCGGCACGUGCGGUUCGGCACGUGCGGUUCGGCACGUGCGGUUCGGCACGUGCGGUUCGGCACGUGCGGUUCGGCACGUGCGGUUCGGCACGUGCGGUUCGGCACGUGCGGUUCGGCACGUGCGGUUCGGCACGUGCGGUUCGGCACGUGCGGUUCGGCACGUGCGGUUUGGCACGUGCGGUUUGGCACGUGCGGUUCGGCACGUGCGGUUCGGCACGUGCGGUUCGGCACGUGCGGUUCGGCACGUGCGGUUCGGCACGUGCGGUUCGGCACGUGCGGUUCGGCACGUGCGGUUCGGCACGUGCGGUUCGGCACGUGCGGUUCGGCACGUGCGGUUCGGCACGUGCGGUUCGGCACGUGCGGUUCGGCACGUGCGGUUCGGCACGUGCGGUUCGGCACGUGCGGUUCGGCACGUGCGGUUUCGGCACGUGCGGUUUGGCACGUGCGGUUUGGCACGUGCGGUUUGGCACGUGCGGUUUGGCACGUGCGGUUUGGCACGUGCGGUUUGGCACGUGCGGUUUGGCACGUGCGGUUGGCACGUGCGGUUCGGCACGUGCGGUUCGGCACGUGCGGUUCGGCACGUGCGGUUCGGCACGUGCGGUUCGGCACGUGCGGUUCGGCACGUGCGGUUCGGCACGUGCGGUUUCGGCACGUGCGGUUUCGGCACGUGCGGUUCGGCACGUGCGGUUCGGCACGUGCGGUUCGGCACGUGCGGUUCGGCACGUGCGGUUCGGCACGUGCGGUUCGGCACGUGCGGUUCGGCACGUGCGGUUCGGCACGUGCGGUUCGGCACGUGCGGUUCGGCACGUGCGGUUCGGCACGUGCGGUUUGGCACGUGCGGUUUGGCACGUGCGGUUCGGCACGUGCGGUUCGGCACGUGCGGUUCGGCACGUGCGGUUCGGCACGUGCGGUUCGGCACGUGCGGUUCGGCACGUGCGGUUCGGCACGUGCGGUUCGGCACGUGCGGUUCGGCACGUGCGGUUCGGCACGUGCGGUUCGGCACGUGCGGUUCGGCACGUGCGGUUCGGCACGUGCGGUUUGGCACGUGCGGUUUGGCACGUGCGGUUCGGCACGUGCGGUUCGGCACGUGCGGUUCGGCACGUGCGGUUCGGCACGUGCGGUUCGGCACGUGCGGUUCGGCACGUGCGGUUCGGCACGUGCGGUUCGGCACGUGCGGUUCGGCACGUGCGGUUCGGCACGUGCGGUUCGGCACGUGCGGUUCGGCACGUGCGGUUCGGCACGUGCGGUUCGGCACGUGCGGUUCGGCACGUGCGGUUCGGCACGUGCGGUUCGGCACGUGCGGUUCGGCACGUGCGGUUCGGCACGUGCGGUUCGGCACGUGCGGUUCGGCACGUGCGGUUCGGCACGUACGGUUCGGCACGUGCGGUUCGGCACGUGCGGUUCGGCACGUGCGGUUCGGCACGUGCGGUUCGGCACGUGCGGUUCGGCACGUGCGGUUCGGCACGUGCGGUUCGGCACGUGCGGUUCGGCACGUGCGGUUCGGCACGUGCGGUUCGGCACGUGCGGUUUCGGCACGUGCGGUUCGGCACGUGCGGUUCGGCACGUGCGGUUCGGCACGUGCGGUUCGGCACGUGCGGUUCGGCACGUGCGGUUCGGCACGUGCGGUUUCGGCACGUGCGGUUCGGCACGUGCGGUUCGGCACGUGCGGUUCGGCAAGUGCGGUUCGGCACGUGCGGUUCGGCACGUGCGGUUCGGCACGUGCGGUUCGGCACGUGCGGUUCGGCACGUGCGGUUCGGCACGUGCGGUUCGGCACGUGCGGUUCGGCACGUGCGGUUCGGCACGUGCGGUUCGGCACGUGCGGUUCGGCACGUGCGGUUCGGCACGUGCGGUUCGGCACGUGCGGUUCGGCACGUGCGGUUCGGCACGUGCGGUUUGGCACGUGCGGUUCGACACGUGCGGUUGGCACGUGCGUUGCACGUGCGGUUUGGCACGUGCGGUUUGGCACGUGCGGUUCGGCACGUGCGGUUCGGCACGUGCGGUUCGGCACGUGCGGUUCGGCACGUGCGGUUCGGCACGUGCGGUUCGGCACGUGCGGUUCGGCACGUGCGGUUCGGCACGUGCGGUUCGGCACGUGCGGUUCGGCACGUGCGGUUCGGCACGUGCGGUUCGGCACGUGCGGUUCGGCACGUGCGGUUCGGCACGUGCGGUUCGGCACGUGCGGUUCGGCACGUGCGGUUCGGCACGUGCGGUUCGGCACGUGCGGUUCGGCACGUGCGGUUCGGCACGUGCGGUUCGGCACGUGCGGUUCGGCACGUGCGGUUCGGCACGUGCGGUUCGGCACGUGCGGUUCGGCACGUGCGGUUCGGCACGUGCGGUUCGGCACGUGCGGUUCGGCACGUGCGGUUCGGCACGUGCGGUUCGGCACGUGCGGUUCGGCACGUGCGGUUCGGCACGUGCGGUUCGGCACGUGCGGUUCGGCACGUGCGGUUCGGCACGUGCGGUUUGGCACGUGCGGUUUGGCACGUGCGGUUUGGCACGUGCGGUUGGGCACGUGCGGUUGGGCACGUGCGGUUCGGCACGUGCGGUUCGGCACGUGCGGUUCGGCACGUGCGGUUCGGCACGUGCGGUUCGGCACGUGCGGUUCGGCACGUGCGGUUCGGCACGUGCGGUUCGGCACGUCCGGUUCGGCACGUCCGGUUCGGCACGUGCGGUUCGGCACGUGCGGUUUGGCACGUGCGGUUUGGCACGUGCGGUUCGGCACGUGCGGUUCGGCACGUGCGGUUCGGCACGUGCGGUUCGGCACGUGCGGUUCGGCACGUGCGGUUCGGCACGUGCGGUUUGGCACGUGCGGUUGGGCACGUGCGGUUGGGCACGUGCGGUUCGGCACGUGCGGUUCGGCACGUGCGGUUCGGCACGUGCGGUUCGGCACGUGCGGUUCGGCACGUGCGGUUUGGCACGUGCGGUUUGGCACGUGCGGUUCGGCACGUGCGGUUCGGCACGUGCGGUUCGGCACGUGCGGUUCGGCACGUGCGGUUCGGCACGUGCGGUUUGGCACGUGCGGUUUGGCACGUGCGGUUUGGCACGUGCGGUUUGGCACGUGCGGUUUGGCACGUGCGGUUUGGCACGUGCGGUUUGGCACGUGCGGUUUGGCACGUGCGGUUUGGCACGUGCACGUGCGGUUCGGCACGUGCGGUUCGGCACGUGCGGUUCGGCACGUGCGGUUUGGCACGUGCGGUUUGGCACGUGCGGUUUGGCACGUGCGGUUUGGCACGUGCGGUUCGGCACGUGCGGUUCGGCACGUGCGGUUCGGCACGUGCGGUUCGGCACGUGCGGUUCGGCACGUGCGGUUCGGCACGUGCGGUUCGGCACGUGCGGUUCGGCACGUGCGGUUCGGCACGUGCGGUUCGGCACGUGCGGUUCGGCACGUGCGGUUCGGCACGUGCGGUUUGGCACGUGCGGUUUGGCACGUGCGGUUUGGCACGUGCGGUUCGGCACGUGCGGUUCGGCACGUGCGGUUCGGCACGUGCGGUUUGGCACGUGCGGUUUGGCACGUGCGGUUUGGCACGUGCGGUUCGGCACGUGCGGUUCGGCACGUGCGGUUUGGCACGUGCGGUUUGGCACGUGCGGUUUGGCACGUGCGGUUUGGCACGUGCGGUUUGGCACGUGCGGUUUGGCACGUGCGGUUCGGCACGUGCGGUUCGGCACGUGCGGUUUGGCACGUGCGGUUUGGCACGUGCGGUUUGGCACGUGCGGUUUGGCACGUGCGGUUUGGCACGUGCGGUUUGGCACGUGCGGUUUGGCACGUGCGGUUUGGCACGUGCGGUUCGGCACGUGCGGUUCGGCACGUGCGGUUUGGCACGUGCGGUUUGGCACGUGCGGUUUGGCAACGUGCGGUUUGGCACGUGCGGUUUGGCACGUGCGGUUUGGCACGUGCGGUUUGGCACGUGCGGUUUGGGACGUGCGGUUUGGGCACGUGCGGUUUGGCACGUGCGGUUUGGCACGUGCGGUUUGGCACGUGCGGUUUGGCACGUGCGGUUUGGCACGUGCGGUUUGGCACGUGCGGUUUGGCACGUGCUGUUUGGCACGUGCGGUUUGGCACGUGCGGUUUGGCACGUGCGGUUUGGCACGUGCGGUUUGGCACGUGCUGUUUGGCACGUGCGGUUUGGGCACGUGCGGUUUGGCACGUGCGGUUUGGCACGUGCGGUUUGGCACGUGCGGUUUGGGCACGUGCGAGUCCCCUCUCUCCUGUCUUCUUUCACCCUACCCCGUUCUCCUUCCCCCCUCUCACGUUCUCCUUUCCCGCUCCCCCGUUUUGCUUUCCCCCUCCGCCGUUCUCCCUAUCCCACACCGCCUCGCCAGCCCUCCAGAGCACGGACCCCUACAGCACAGCGCCCUGUGAGGGAGGCACAUGCGCGGGGGACAAGAGAGACAGCAGCGAGUACACAUGCGCGGGGGACAAGAGAGACAGCAGCGAGUACACGUGCGUGGGGGACAAGAGAGACAGCAGCGAGUACACGUGCGUGGGGGACAAGAAGAACCCCUGCAGCACGGCGCCAUGUGGGGGGGGCACGUGUGAGGCGGACCCGAGUGGCAACGGCAAGUACACGUGUCAGUGCUCGGACCUGCUGGUGCCAGCUGUCAACCGCGACGGCACUCCCACCUGCACCAUCACGUGCUGCCCAACAGCCUGUGCGCCGUGGGGCAGGCAGUGCAUCAACAGCACAAACCAGCGCCUACCCAACAGCCUGUGCGCCGUGGGGCAGGGCAUCAACAUCGGCGACGGCGGCUACUUGUGCCUCUGCCCGCCCAACUACAAGCCCGUGAGGCAGGGCAACAAUAGCAGAAUCCAGCGCCUACCUUGUCUCAUAUCCCCCCAUCUCCGUCACUGCUUCCCGUCCCCUCCCCUCCGCUUCAGACGACGUCUGCAGCAUCCCAACAACCCAUGCGCUGUGGGGCACAUUCUCCCCACCAACCCGUGUGCCGUGGGGCAGUGCAUCAACAUCGGCGACGGCGGCUACUCGUGCCUCUGCCCGCCCAACUACAAGCCCAGCACCCUCGCCUCUGGCCAGACCACCUGCGUGCCUGAGAUGUCUGGGAGCACGGCAGCAGCGGUGCAGGGCACGUACACAGUGCAGGGCGGGGAGACGUGUGGCGCCAUCUACGGCUUCAUCGGCCUCACCCAGGAGCAGUUCCUCCUGCAGAACCAGGGAGUGGACUGUGACAAUCUCAAGGCGGGGGCGGUGCUCAACAUCUCCAUCCCCUCCUCGGCUCAAGUGUGCCGCGUUCACUACACUGUCACCCAGGCGGAUGCCGCAGCAAGGAGCUGUGAUCCCAUCGGUCCCCCCUUCCUCGCUCCUCACUCCCCUUCCCCUGUUCGUCCCCGCUCCCCCCAGGCGGAUGCCGCAGCAAGGAGCUGUGAUCCCAUCAACACCCGCUUUGGCAUCGACGUCACGACCAUCAACCCCAGCCUUGACUGCUCAAGCCUCACACCCAACCAGCAGAUCUGCAUCCAGGUGGGGGACGCAGUGGCAGGAGCAGCGGACUACAACCUCUGCACGGACUAUACAGCCAAUCAGCCAGUGGCGGGCUACAACCUGUGCACCAACUACCUGCCGGUGCCGCACCACCUCCCGUGCUCCCUUCCGUUUGAGGUUGAUUUUGAGAAUUCUCAAAAUCAACGUCAGGAGCAGCAGACUACAACCUCUGCACCAACUACCUGCCGGUGCCGCACCACCUCCCGUGCUCCCUUCCUCUCUCUCUCCCCCCUCCCACAGAUCUGCAUUCAAGUAGGAGACGCGGUGGCAGGAGCAGCGGAUUACAACCUGUGCACGGACUAUGUGACAGCCAAUCAGUGGCAGACCUGUGCCAAUGCUGUUGAGUGGUACGGCAUGACGUGGUUCGACCUCUACCGCCUCAACCCCGGCAUCAACUGCGACUCUCUCAGCGCGCUCACAGGCUCUGAGAUCUGCAUCAAAGGCACGUCGUUGGGAGCGGUGGCAUGCGGUAAGGCGCGGUCGAAGACGGUGGCGAACCGGCGGUACACGGUGGGGGCGGGGGACAGCUGUGCGUCGCUGGUGGUGGUGCAGUUCCAGCGCCAGCCGCCGCUUGUGGGCCAGCUCAACCGCGGCUGGAUGUGCCGCUCCCAGAGCCUCUUCGCCGGCAUGCCCCUCUGCAUCCCUUCCUAG